CCAUGUUCCCGCUUUCAUGGGUGUGGUGAUUAGCUUGCUUGGGGACAUUUUUGACAAAUCUGGCCAAAGUGACGUGAGCUCCGGAGCCCGGAGAGCCCCCCGAAUCACCUCGAUAGGAACAUUUCCACCCGCUCACAGGUUUUGGUAUGGUUGUCGUGUGAUGACGGAGACGUGUAGAAAGGACUGAGGAGGACAAAAAGCCUGUUUCAGGUGUCAGCUGGUGAGUGAGCGAGGCCGUGUGUGUGUGUGUGAGUGUGUGUGUGUGCGUGGGUGUGUGCAUGUGUGCGUGCGUGUGCGUGCGUGUGUGUGCGUGUGCGUGAGGGUCGCCCGGUCAGCGUUGGGAGCGUGGUGUGACCUGAACACAUCCCAGGAACAAUGAGUGAGCUGGAACAGUUGCGGCAGGAGGCGGACCAGCUUCGCAACCAAAUCCGGGAUGCCCGGAAAGCCUGCAGUGACUCCACUUUGUCCCAGAUCACAGCCGGUCUGGACUCGGUGGGCCGGAUACAGAUGCGGACGCGGCGCACUCUCAGGGGCCACCUGGCCAAGAUCUAUGCAAUGCACUGGGGGAGUGACUCCAGGCUACUGGUCAGUGCCUCGCAAGAUGGAAAGCUGAUCAUCUGGGACAGCUACACCACAAAUAAGAUGCAUGCCAUCCCGCUGCGCUCUUCCUGGGUGAUGACCUGUGCCUACGCCCCCUCUGGGAACUACGUGGCCUGCGGGGGCCUGGACAACAUCUGCUCCAUAUACAGCCUGAAAACCCGCGAGGGCAACGUGCGCGUCACCCGCGAGCUACCCGGACACACAGGUUAUUUGUCCUGCUGUCGCUUCCUGGAUGACAACCAGAUCCUCAGCAGCUCUGGAGAUACCACCUGUGCAUUGUGGGACAUCGAGACGGGCCAGCAGGCCACGACGUUCAGCGGCCACACGGGAGACGUGAUGAGUUUAUCCCUGAGCCCGGACUACAAGACCUUCGUGUCCGGCGCCUGCGACGCCACCUCCAAGCUGUGGGACAUCCGUGAUGGCAUGUGUAGGCAGUCCUUCGCCGGGCAUGUGUCCGACAUCAACGCCGUCACCUUCUUCCCCAACGGGAACGCCUUCGGCACGGGCUCGGACGACGCCACCUGCAGGCUGUUCGACCUGCGUGCCGACCAGGAGCUGAUGAUGUACAGCCACGACCACAUCAUCUGCGGCAUCACAUCCGUGUCCUUCUCCAAGAGCGGCCGUCUGCUGCUGGCGGGAUACGACGACUUCAACUGCAACGUCUGGGACACUCUGAAAGGCGAACGGGCAGGUGUGCUAGCGGGCCACGACAACCGAGUGAGCUGCUUGGGCGUGACCGAGGACGGCAUGGCCGUGGCCACCGGCUCCUGGGACAGUUUCCUACGGAUCUGGAACUAAACCAACCCCCGUCCCGGCCGGCCUCCAUCACCACGACCCCCCCUUCACUGUGUCAGCGCCGUGAGAUGCUAACACCUCUACCAUCUCUCUACCCGCUUUUUAUCUACCUUUGGCCACCACGUCCAAAAAUAGAUGAGGGGAAAUACUUUGUAACUACAUUAAACUGUAGGAGGACCCAAUUUACCCAAAUCCUCAUCCUAUUCCCGUAGGGUGAUGGCUAGUCAUUUAGUCAUUUAGUCAUUCAUUCAUUCCUCUAUUAAGUCAUUCAUUCAUUCCUCUAUUAAGUCAUUCAUUCAUUCCUCUAUUAAGUCAUUCAUUCAUUCCUCUAUUUAGUCAUUCAUUCAUUCCUCUAUUAAGUCAUUCAUUCAUUCAUUCCUUUAUUAAGUCAUUCAUUCAUUCCUCUAUUAAGUCAUUCAUUCAUUCGUCUAUUAAGUCAUUUAUUCAUUCAUUUUCUACCGCUUUUCCAUUCCCACCCACAUUCAUACCUAUGGACAAUUUGGAGUGGCUAAUUAACCUAGCAUGUUUUUGGAAUGUGGGAGGAAACCGGAGUACCCGGAGAAAAGCCACGCAUGCACGGGGAGAACAUGCAAACUCCACACAGAGAUGGCCGAGGGUGGGAUUGAACCCUGGUCUCCUAGCUGUGAGGCCUGCGUGCUAACCAAGUCAUGUAUAUUUCUAUAUAAAAGACAGUUAAUAUGUAUAGCAUAAUGUGUGUAUGCAUCAUACAUGGUAUGGAUUUGUUUUUCCAUAAUCACAUUUAGGGUUCAUGUUUUCUUUCUACUUAUUCACAUUUUGACACAAGCUAGUGGCUUAAACAGCAUAAUGGUGUGUGUGUGUGUGUGUGUGUGUGUGUGUGUGCGUGCGUGCGUGCGUGCGUGCGUGUGUGUGUGCGCGCCUAUAAAAGGGCGGUUAGAAGAAGAGGACCUCUGGCAUUGGUCAGCAUAAAGUUCCAGACCAACGCUCCAUAGUUGUCUCCAUUUGGAAGUGCAAAUAAGGAGCCCCUACGCCCCAAACGUGGGAAGGGGAACGCCUGCUUGUGGAGGACACGGAAUGACAUGGAGGACUCUUUCCAAAUCCAAACACAAGUACCAACAAGUCCUGGUUCUCAACAAGGCGUGAACUACAAGGACGUGAACUCCUGUGCCAUCAAUGGAGAAGUACCUAACUUGUACUUCUCCUUUAGGCUGAAAGCUAGUAAGCUGUACUUUGACUCUACAAUUGAGUACAUGUGACUUACUUUCACUUUCCCUUUUGCCCCCGAAGCGUCCUUUGUUGGAUGCUUGGACCUCUCGUGUCAUCUCAGGUGCCUGGACCACCAAAAACACAAAAACAACAAACGUCUGUACCGCUACUUCUCCAUUCUGCCUUACAGAAAGCAGUAUUCGCUACAAAUACUACCAAGUACUUCACUCUAGCACGGGUUUUCCAAAGUAUGUUAAUGAAUCAGCUGUUUGGUAGAUGGAAUAUGGUGGCAAAUUCUGCGUAUUUAAGCUAAUUCUAUGUGUUUUGGUCUAAAUGAAACCUUUUCAAGCACAAACAUGGCUAAUGAAGUCAAAUAGAAAUAUACAGAAAAACAAUACAAAAACUACAAAUAUAAGGUAUUCGGAAGAUGCACUCAAAGUCAUGAUACGUGUCAGUAAUGAUAAAAAACAACAAGGUGUAAAUCAUUAUGUCUUAUUGCCUACUAUAUUGGCUAAUAGCAGUGGAAAGGUGACUAUAGGGGUGUUACUUCAUGUCUAGAGGGCUCUAAUAAUGUUCCAGGUUUUUUAUGUGCUAAGUAGUAGGGAUGCUCUGACAAGGGGUUUUUGCCGCUGAUUCCAGUACCAACCACAAAGAUUAUGUAUCUAAUUAUUUAUGAUGAGUGCCAUUGGCUGGGGGGCCCUGGGGGGGACGUUAGGACAAGUCUAAGGAAGCUUAACUGCUAAGGUGCCCAAAAGUAGGUCAUUUCAUGGAAACUGGCCAAUGGAUGGGAGCAUCCCUGUCUAUGUAAAUAUUCCAAUGAGGAUUCCUACUUUAAGGGAAUUCCUGGGAGCGGAUGAUAAACGAGGGAUUGUACCAUUUUUAUCACUAAAUUCUGCUUUUUCUAGUUGAAUGUUGAUAUUCUGGCAUAAGUUCCUUUUACGCAGCCUGUUGGUCUGAGUUGCCGUUCUGUAUGAAAGGCACACAUUAGGGAGGAAAUGAAGCAGGUAGUUUUCCAACUUGGGGGGUUGUAUCUGUUUGGACAGUUUUCCCGCCUGAGGACGAAGAACCAGAAACCCUUUUCAUACGACAACAACACCGAAUAAGGGCACGAAAACCACUAGGCAGUUUUACUCUUGCACAGGUGGCAUUCUACUGCCUUUUUUCCAUGUCGGGGUUCUGUGUUCCAGUCCAGGCAUUUUCCACCAUGAGCCGUUGUAUCAGACCCCCCCCCCCCCCCCCCCCUUACACUGCCAGCUGCCAUUUUGCCACCUUUUUGUCCUUGUUGCUGUUCUGUGUGAACAGCACUGACGCGGAAUAAGGGGAUAAAAUGUUUUUCUGUGUAGCUGUUCUGUAUAAAAGUCACCAACACAAUAAAAGGAGGGAAUUGUGA